CAGUUCACGAUUUUUGUACGCGUGUAAUUUUCUAAAAAAAAAGCGAAAAAGUGUUUCAUAUAGUGUAAUAAUUUUUUGAUGAAAGGAUAUUAUAAAUUUUUGGAUACGUUUAAAGUUAUUUGAAGAAGUUUGAAGAUGUUAGAUGAAAAUUAUAAUGGGUCGCCGUGUGGCUAUCUCCCCUUCUACGCCUAGGUCAAGGGCCAUGGAUAAGUACGAGCAGUUGUCAGUUGUUGGAGAAGGCUCUUACGGCGUUGUGCUAAAAUGCCGUCGUCGUGACAAUGGGCACUUAGUGGCGAUCAAGAAGUUUUUGGAAACGGAGGACGAUGCUGCCGUUCGCAAGAUGGCGCUGAGAGAAAUUAGAAUGCUAAAGAAACUACGACACGAUCACCUGGUAAACAUGAUCGAGGUGUUUCGACGCAAGCGAAGAUUUUAUCUUGUAUUCGAAUACCUGGAUCACACUCUGCUAGAUGAGCUGGAGGCUUCUUCUGGAGGUCUUGGGGAGGAGACUGCCAAGAAACACCUGUUUCAGCUGCUCAAGGGUGUUGAAUAUUGUCACCAGAAUUCCAUCAUCCAUCGUGAUGUGAAACCAGAGAAUGUCCUGGUAUCAAAUAAUGGUAUAGUGAAACUUUGCGACCUUGGCUUUGCAAGAGCCCUGGCAGCACCAGGGGAGCCAUACACAGAGUAUGUCGCCACUCGGUGGUACAGAGCUCCAGAAUUGCUGGUCGCUGAACACAGAUAUGGACCAGAAGUGGACAUAUGGGCAAUUGGCUGUUUGUUUUCGGAGAUGUUGACGGGUGACCCGCUCUUCCCCGGUGACUCAGAUAUAGAUCAAUUGGCAUUAAUUAUCAAGACAGUAGGUAAGCUGGCACCCCGUCACCAACAAGUGGUGUCCAGGCUAUCCGGUGGUGCAGCGCUAUGUUCCGGACCGGUCGGUACCAGAAGUAAUCUUCCCGGUUCUGGGCUGGCGAAGGAGUUGCUCUCGGCGUCUCUUCGGACCGAACCUAGAGCCAGGCCAUCGGCAUCUGCGCUUUUGAGGCACAAAUAUUUCAUUGCUGACGGCUUCUCGGAAAACUUCAAUGCUGAACUAAGGAAGAAGCUGGGAAAAGAUGUUUCACAGACGCCUCCACCGCAGGUCGCCGCAAGAGUCACCGGAAAACCGAGGCAACAAUGGACAUUGAAUAUUAUAAAUUCUGAUAGCAGGCCUCGUACGGAUAGUACUGCUGGUGAAUCACUUAUUGACUACAAUUAUACACCCAGUAUAGAAGGACAACUGGAGAGCCACACUUCGGAGAAGAAGUCGCAGGCAUCUAUCAACGCUUCCACAGCCGCGCCUUUUGAUGAUGAUGUGGGUUGCUGGUGUCCAUCAACACAUGGAACCAGCAAAGUGGCUGCGGCACCAUCUAAAAGCCUCUCCAAAGCCAUCAACGAAACAUUCCAGACGUUUAGUGUUCCCGUAAAUAGUUAUCCCAAAACACCUUAUAUCAAGAAGGUGAAUAACAAAUUAAUGAUGGACGAAGAAUUAAUAAGAGGUAGAUCGUUGGCGAAGAAAAACACAAAGAAAUCGCCAGCUGAUAUUUCCUUGCCUUAUGUGCCUGGAGCUAGCAACAGUCCCAUGAAAAAAGCAAAAAAGCCACCUGCACACAAUUCAAGAAAUCAUGAUACAUGGGAUCACAGCAGGAGUAGCGUCGAUGCGUCCUACCAACGCACGCCAACAAAUCUACCCUACAUGUGACUGAAGGGGACUAGGGCAGUUUUUCAGAAGCCAUACACCAUACACGGCUGUCAGAAAACUGCUGGACAUUUUUAUUAUUAAAAUAACUAGUGUAAAAUGUUGGUGUCGUCUUUUGAUAAUGUAAAUUAUUUAAGCGUUAUUUAUUUUACGAAAAUGAUUUUCUUGGUAUAUUAAUAAUUAUUCUUAUUAUUUAAAUAUGAAAUUGCAAAAAUAGCAACACUGAACUGAGAAAAAUACGGUGUAUUCCCGCUAAAAUUUUUGCUUUCUUCAUUCAAAAUAGUUUUUUAAUUGAUGUGAAUG